GUUGUCCGUCUAAUAUUAUCGUCCUCCUUGUUGCACGCAAUUUUUUUUCUAGGCAGUGAGGAAUUUCUUACACAGUCGUUUGAGCUUUCAUGUUGGUGUAGAUGUAUAUCUACUUCAUCUGAACAAUGGGGACAGAGAAUGUGGAAAAUUCUAUUGUUUUUAGAGAAAACUUUCAGCCAUGUGCCGAAGACAUACAGAGAUGGAUGGCCAGUGCCUUUGAUAUGGCAAAAGAAGCUUUGGAGAAUGGUGAGGUACCUGUUGGAUGUCUCAUGGUGUACAACAAUGAAAUCCUUGGCAAGGGGAGAAAUGAAGUGAAUGAAACAAAAAAUGCCACUCGGCAUGCUGAGAUGGUGGCUGUGGACCAGGUGCUGGAGUGGUGUCAUUGCAGAGGCCUCAACCCCCGGACCGUGUGUGAAAGGACCGUGCUCUAUGUGACCGUGGAGCCGUGCAUCAUGUGUGCCGGAGCUCUUCGCCUCAUCAACAUUCCUUUGGUGGUCUAUGGGUGUAAAAAUGACCGGUUUGGUGGGUGUGGAUCUGUUCUGGACAUCCCAACUGCUGAGCUACCCCUGACUGGGUCAUCAUUUAAGUGUAUCUCUGGCUUUAGAGCAGAGGAAGCAGUGGAGAUGCUGAAGACAUUCUAUAAACAGGAGAACCCUAAUGCUCCCAAGCCAAAAAUGAGGAAGGAGUGUGAUACUCUUCAUGUCCUGCAGGGGGCACCAGUCAUCUAGAAAUUAGAUAAGGAGCUGAGGACCAUAAUGCGAAGCCAGUAGUAGACAACAAAGCUUUCUCCUGAACCACAACCAGCAUGACCUAUGGAUUUGACUGUCUUACAAAGGAAUCAAAUCAACCUUUUCUUGUUCUCACUUAUUCACUCAGCUAUUUGUGUCAGCGUUCAUUUUUAUGUUAAUAUAAUUGACGGCGCAUUAGUUCCUCAAAUUACAGUGGACACUAUCCAGCACAAUAGACACUAUGUCUUGAGUGUGUACACUAUCCAGGGCCUUUAAAGUAUCUUGAUUGUAUCUCUGCCGGCUCUGUGGCUUUCCUGUGUGUGCAGUUGCUGGUGACAUCAUUAUGGUUAUUAGUGAACAGUACCAAACAGACAGAAACUGACUGGGCUGGACCACAUUAUUGUCUGGCUUCUCCCCUCCAUGACUUCAUCCAACACAGCUGUAAUUUUCCUCUGAGCACCCAGGGUCUAAGAUGAGCUUAACACAGGUGAGGAGUUUCUUCUCAUUAAUGUGCUACACAUGCAGUGAAUUGGAUUGAUUCUGUAAUCCCCCCCCCCCCAACAUUUUUGUAAUUAUUAUGUUCCGGGACUGUUUUGUGAUUUAUUAUACUGAAGUAUAAACACAUGUUAACAUAGUGGGUGUCUCUCCCACUCCUGUCCUGUCCCUCCCACUCCUGUCCUGUCUCUCCCACUCAACUACUCCUCUCUAGAGGGACCAUUUCAGAUUAGAGACAUGACCAAUGUCCUUCCCAUCAACUCCAUCUGUAACCACCACCCACACACAGGCAUUUGUUUUUCUAUCUUUGUGGAGACCAGAAUACCGAUCAUCCAUGUUUGUUGUCCCAUAAACCUAACCCAACAACUAACAUCACCUUAAUGUCACCUUAACCUCAGCCUAACGUUUAUACCUAAACCUUACUUCGCCCUAAGCACGUUCUAAAAAAACAUGUAUUUUAUUAUUUUUGUCAGGACUUCUGGUCCCCAAAUGCUUUGUUAGACCUGGAUCAGACACACACACACAGACAGCAGUUGUGUGUGUGUGUGUGUGUGUGUGUGUGUGUGACAAAUUUAUUUGUAGCACAGAGCACAGCUGACCAGAACUGUUAGUGGUUCUUUCACUGGACCGAAUCAGAAACAGAGCAACAGCCCAGGCAGCAUCAGACCAGCAUCAUAAUUUGCAUGAAACCAGCUCCAAAUCACUGCGCCACUCUGACCUACUUUGUUUUAUUAUUGUUCUGUACUCUGUCUCUUUUGAAAAUAUAAUAAAAUAUUUUUUAAAUUA